AGCAAUGUGGGCAAUAUAUAUUACUGUGAAGGCAACAAGCUAAACAAACGAAACAGAAUUUCAAAUUUCAAAUUCAAAUCACACGAGAGAGAGAGAGAGAGAGAGAGAGCAGAUAAUCGCCAGAGCUAUUGAUUUCGUUUCAUCGUCUCUCACACUCUCUAAGUUUCGUCUGCAAUGUCGUCUACCAGAAGAGGCAGUAAGAGAACUCGGCCAGAUCCGCCGCAAUCGCUCCAGGACGAUUCCGAUGUCAAUGUUUUUAGCGAUCUCAAAGAAAUCAUGUCGGCGUUGCAGCAAAUCAGAGAGAAAGCGCACGAAGAUGCCCGGAAGCAGAAGGAAGAGAGCAUCUCCAGUGUCUCCACUGAGGUGAAGUCAAAGAUUGACGAGCUGAAGUCAAAACUUGAGAAAGAAAGACAAAAUUUCGCCAAAGCACUUUCAAAUGAGUGUGAGAGUAUCUUGAAGGAUAAAGCUGCGGACAAAGCUGAUCAUCUACAGAGUUUGAAAGACACUGUUUCAAAGUUUGAGGAAGACAAGGAGAGUCUUUACAUGCGAUAUGAGCAGCUAAGGAAGAAGGAGGAGACAAUGAUAACGGAACACGAGAAGUUCUGCACUGAAAAGCUUGCUCAAUUGGAAGAGUCCCUGAAGAAAAAGAAACUGGAUGACGAAAAUUUCACCAUACUGAGGAAAACUCUCGGCUCUUUUCUGGAGAACGAAGCCUCUGAUGAAGAAUACCCACCUGAUGAGUGAAAGAUCGUUAACGUCUCUUCAAUUGACGCUAGAAAGGUAAAAAACCCUUUUACUUUGAUCAGCCAUGCAGGUUUUCCUAAAUACAUAUACGACUUUAUAGCAGAAGACAUUUUUCUCUGAAGUAGUGUUUCAAGACUUUGAAUAUUGUGAACUUGGCCUUGUUGCCUACUCUAUGUUAUAGUUUCGAACUGAAGAUGAAUUACAUUUUAGCAGGAUUCACCACAAAUUUAGUUAA